UGAAAUGCCUCGAGUCCCUUCUCAUCUUCAUACUUGGGCAAUCAUUGCACUCAGCGUGCCACGGACUGCCAUUGAAGGGUUCGACGCGACGCCAAACGUGUGCCACCGCCUACCAUGGCCGCAGCUGCCUCCUCCGCGGGGGACAUUUUCGCGACCGCCCUCGUCAGCUUCUUCCGCCCGCUCUUUGAGCCCGUCGACGAGGCCCUCUCGCGGUUGCUGGUGCCUUCACGCUCGGCUUACCCGCACCUCAAGUCGUCACUGCUGCUCAGGCGCUCACGAUUAUCGUCACCGUCAUCACCGUCGUCGUCCUCCUCCUCGCCAGCAUCAUCAUCACCAGCAGAGACAUCGCCACGAGAACCGCAGCAGCAGCCACCUCAUCAUCAUCAUACGCAUCCCCCCUCGCGCGAGAGCAGCAAUGACAAUGAUGAUGAUGGUCCCCCGUCGCUGUCGCUACCCCCCGCGGCGGUCGUCGUCGCGGCCGUGCUGCUCAACCACGUGCGGCGCGUGCUCGUGCCCUGGCUGGGGCAGUUCGUGUGGCGGCACCCCAUCGAGGCGAUGAAGCUGGCGCGCUCGUCGCCGUGCUACCUACUGGAGGGAUCGGUCGGGGAGGGGUUCGACUGGGCGGCGGUGCUGGGAUGGGGGCUGAGAGUGAGGGUGCUGGGUGCGGUGAGGGAGGUGCUGAUGCGGAGGAUGAGGAGGGUUGGUGGGUUGAGGAGCCGGAGGAGGGGAGAGAAGGCCGGGGACGCCGUGGAGGAGAAGAGUGGUGGUGUCGUCGCGAGCGGUGGUCACGAUGAGGGGCGUGCUGGCGAGGGGACGGGUUUCGGGGAGACGCAUCAUCACGGGGGUUCACGGGACGGCAUGCCCGCCGGGGCUAUGGUCGUCGUUGAGCAGGGCAGCCGUGCGGAUGAGAUGCUCUUCGACGUAUGCCGCAUCGUCUACCUCGCAACGUCCAUGGCCAUCCUCGAAGGCGCCUACGCGGAGUCAUGCUGGGCAGCCGCACACAUCUACGCCCUGGUACGCACAACAACGCCGCCGCCGCGCCUCCUCCCAUCCCCUCUCCUCGCCCUCAUCCCCACGGGCCUCCUCCUCCCCCUCAACACAGCCGACGCGGCGGCCGCGCGCGCCUACGUCCUCGACGCGCUCGCCUCGCACCGGCUGGCGAGCAUCUUCCAGGCCUGCCUGCUGGCGCACUGGGCCGUGGCGACGCUGCUCCCCACGACGGCGUGGGUGGUGGUGGCAGCGGUCAGGGGCGCGCUGCGCGGCAGCGGAGGGGACGUGUACACGCCGGCGGCGGCGUACGCGCUGUGGGCGGGGACGGCGCUGCUGGUGCGCAAGUCGAACAAGUACUUUAUCGUGCUGGAGAUGAGCGAGAUGCUCGUCACGUUUGGGUGGCUGGCGCUGGGGUUGGGGGUGCUUGCUGUUUGGACGGUGGAGGUGCUGGCGGCGAGGAGGGAGAGGAAGGAGGGGGCUGACGAGAGGGCGGCCUGGAGUCAGGGAGCGAGGUAUUGA